AUGAGUUUCUACCGAACGACCACAAAGUCUAGUGCGACUCCAGGAUCUCACAGUUGGAGUGAAGACGUUGAGGGCAAGAUGAUCUUGGAUUUACAGUCAACGACAAGGACAAGUACGUUGUCAAAUUCGAAGGACUGCGAAGGCUUUGACGAGCAACUACCUUCCAAAGAAAUGUUAACAUACUUUAGGUUGUCAUCGAUCGGUGAAGAACUCUAUUUUCUGAAGGCCACCCGGAUCACCUCCCAUAUUCUUGCUCGACGCAUCCACACCGUAUGGUUCACUGUAGAAUGGAACGACGGCCAGGAGUCAUGGGAGCCUGAAUAUGCGCUCCAGCGCUUACAGCCAGGGCUGGUCUAUACUUACUGGAAUGCAAAGGAAGGGGGCCGCACAGGGGCAACCAAGUUCGAUUUAUACCACGUCUUUGCGAUUCUCGACCAUGGCAGCAUGAUUAAUCAUAGCGGGAAGCGUGCCAGGAAGAAUUGUUAUAAGAUUCAGUGGGUUGGAUAUGAUGAGAAUGAUCACAGCUGGGAGCCAGCGUCAAAGGUUAAGAUUCUUGUUCCACGGAUGAAGGAAGAGUAUGAUGAGAUGCAUGGGCUGUGA